AAAUACCAUUUCAAGCGACUAACUUCACGUCGUUGCCAUUGACACUGUUGACGUUGACGUUCCGAUGACGUUUCGAGGGGGGUUUGACUUUGACAGAUUCUUUUAAUCUGUCAAGUUUGCCAAAACAAGACUGACAAAAUGGCCAAGCGUACCAAGAAGGUCGGAAUUACCGGUAAAUAUGGUACCCGUUACGGUGCUUCCCUCCGUAAGAUGGUCAAGAAGAUGGAAAUUACCCAGCACAGUAAAUACUCUUGCAGUUUCUGUGGAAAAGAUGCCAUGAAGAGAUCGGUUGUAGGCAUCUGGUCAUGCAAAAGGUGUAAGCGAGUGGUAGCGGGAGGCGCUUGGGUAUAUGCGACCACAGCAGCCUCAUCUGUCAGGUCGGCUGUAAGGCGUCUCAGGGAAGUCAAAGAACAGUAGAGUGUAGGAAAUUGUUUGUAAGUUAAUAAAAAAAAUUGCCAAAA